AUGGCACGAGACGCUGUUCCUACGACAACACUCGAAUCAGAAGUCGCCACUCUUCCCUUGCCUAGACUUCUCCCAAAUCUAGUCUCCGAUCGGGCAUCAACGGAACCAAAUAAGAUAUGGGGCUCUAUACCUAUCAGUUCUCAAACGACCAGCGCUGGGUAUGAAGACAUAUCGUACCGGCGCUUCAACUACGCCAUUGACAGGGCGGCAUGGUGGAUGCACAAUGUCAUUGGACCAAACAGACUUCGACCAUUUGAGCCUCUAGCAUACCUUGGGCCUCCCGACACAAGGUAUAUCGUUUUUAGUCUUGCGGCCAUUAAGGCAGGUUUUCAGAUGUUAUACCUCUCACCGAGGAAUAGUGACGAGGCACAAUAUGCAGUCAUGAAAGAGGCAAAUUGCCAUAAGUGGCUUUGUGCAACCGAGAUAAAGGCGAAAGUGGAAGCUUUGGUCGAGAAUAGACCACUUAAAACCUUGGAUGCGAACAGCAGCCAGACAGAGAGCUGGAAUGACACAUUGACUGUGGUUCCGGGACAGACUGAGCUAUUGAAAGAUGAGCCGACGCCACCAUUCCGGUACAGCAAGACGCUAGAAGAAGCAAGAUGGGAGCCCUUGGUCAUGCUUCAUACGUCAAGCACAACCGGUUUGCCCAAGCUGAUCCCCCUAACCCAGGGAUACGGCUUCCAUGAAGAUGUGAUCCAGCACUACCCGAAAGCGGGCGAGUUGGAUGUUCUCACGCGCAAGCCCUUCGACGGCGAUUGCAGAUUAUUUCUUGCUAUGCCUCUUUUUCAUGCCGGUGGAAUCUUGUUGGGUCUGCUGAAGUCACUUUACCACGACAUAGUGAUGGUGUUCCAGCCUCCUGCUGUUCCAUUGAGUGCCUCGGUCGUCGAUGGGAUUCUGCGCCAUGGAAAGUGCGAUGGGACUGUCAUCCCUCCGUUUCUGGUCGAGGAGAUGUUGGGUGUUCCUGAAUAUUUCGACACACUUGCCGGCCUGAAAUUUGUGCAGUUCGGCUCCGGACCGCUUAGCAAGUACUGCGGCGACACUUUACUCACGCGCCAGAAAAGUUGUCCUCAUUUCAUCGGUACUACAGAAGUAGGUUUGAUUCCCAUGGUGGAACUUGAUGAUCCAGAACAGGAGUGGCAAUAUUUCCAUUUUCAUCGGUGGAGUGGGGCCGACAUGAGGCCUAUCGAUGACUCGGGCAGCCUCUACGAGCUUUUCAUCAAGAAGAUCGACGUUAAUGUUCCUGGAAUCCAGCCUGUUUUUGAGCUCUUUCCCCAGCUCACCGAGUGGCCAACAAGAGAUCUUUACGUGCAGCACCCUCACAAGCCGUAUUUGUGGCGUACUCGCGGUAGGGCUGACGAUGUGAUUGUGCUGUCCAACGGUGAAAAGUUGAAUCCAGUCGACAUCGAGUCACAUAUCGCAAAGGCGCACCCUGCUAUCACUGGUGCAUUGAUCGUCGGACAAGGACGAUUUCAGCCGGCCCUGCUCUUGGAAGUCAGAGGCAUAGAUGUCGAAAAUGAGGACAAAAAAAAGGACUUGUUGCAAGCUAUUUGGCCCACCAUCAAAGCAGCAAAUAAGACUUCUCCCAAAUACGGACAACUUACGAAGUCCCUGAUACUCUUUUCGUCACCUAAGAAACCAUUCCUUCGUACUCCGAAGCUCAGCGUUAGAAGAAAGCCAACAGCCGACCUGUAUAGCGAAGAGAUUGAUGAACUAUAUCGCCGGAUAGAGGGUGAGGUAGACAACGUCGACCGCAGUGACCUCCCCGAGGAUACUGAUCUCCGUGAUCUCAGCUCAGUUCAGAAUUUUGUGCGGCGUCUUGUUGGGAAUGUCACGGGAUGGAUUGCCAACCCUUCUCAGGAUACUGAUCUGUUCAUGCUAGGGAUGGACUCACUCCACGUUGUCCGCAUUGUUCGAGCCAUAAGGGCAGCGAUGAAGGAUUCUGUGAAUCUCAGCCAAAUCGCCGAACUAACUUCAAAGAUCAUCUAUAAUAAUCCCACGAUCGACUCUUUGUCGCAAGCGCUGAACGACAUCGUUCAGGCUCAUAUUGCGGAUCAGACAACUGGUCUACAAAACGAUCGAAAUGGUCACGAAACCGACAAUCGAGAGAAUAGGAUUCAAGAGAUUAUCGACAGAUGGACACACGGUUGGGAUUAUCAAUCCGCGACCCUUGGAAAUGCUCUGGAGCGCCAAACCUCCCCGAAUACCACAAGUGAGACCAACGGCGUCGUUAGGAAGAAGGCUUGGACCGUCAUCUUGACAGGUUCAACGGGAUCACUUGGAUCACACAUCCUUGAAAGCCUUCUCCAUCAUCCAUCAGUUUCACAGGUUAUCUGCUUAAAUCGGUCCGCCGAUGCAGCCGCCAAAUGGAAGCAGACAAUUGUGAAUCGAAAGCUGUCCACAGAAUUGGCAGAUCCUGGGCGUGUUCAAUUCCUUCGGACAACAAACCUGGGGGCACAUUGCCUAGGUCUAGAGGAAAACUCGUACCAGCACCUGCUUCAGUCAGUCACACAUGUGAUCCUAAACGCUUGGCCAGUGAAUUUCAACCUAUCGGUCUCGUCUUUUGAGAAAAACCACAUUGCCAGCAUCCGUCGAUUUACAGACUUCAGCUCAAGCUCUCUCAGGGGUGCACACAUUGUCUUUGUAUCCAGCCUAUCUUCGGUAACAUCUGGGGGGCUCAAGCAAUCAGUUCCGGAGAAGAUAAUCCAGGACAAUUCUAUGCCAUCACACAUGGGCUAUGGCGAGUCUAAAUACAUUGCAGAGCGCAUCCUUGACGCCGCGACGGCAUCAUCGAAAGGCCGCAUACCCACAACAAGCCUUCGUGUUGGCCAAAUUGCUGGACCGGUGCCGAAUGUGGAUGCUGCGGAGGAUAAAGUCAAGUUGGAGGUUUGGAACGUCCAAGAAUGGUUCCCAAGUCUAAUAAUCAGCUCGAACACGGUGCAAGCUUUACCCGCCACUCUCGGUCGCAUGGAAAACAUUGACUGGAUUCCUGUGAACGUGCUGGCCAAUAUUGUCAUCGAGCUUUUGCAAUUCGACAACGAGGAAAUCGAACGCCAAAAGUACUCCGGGGGAGGUGACAUCCUUUUGACUUCACGCGUUUACCAUCUCAUCAACCGUGCGGUUGUAACCUGGCAGCAAGACAUUUUGCCCGUUGUGCAACACUCCCUUGCAAUCGACAAGGUAGUUCCGUUGUCGGAGUGGAUUGAGCUAGUAGGCUCAAGCUCUGACUCUGAUGGGGAUAUCAAUGCAGCAGCCAAUCCUGCGGCCAAGAUCCUGCCUUUCUACCAGAGUCUACUAUUGAGACGAGACGAAACCUUGGCAGCAAGACCGAAAUACCUGACUGAGCAGACCCAAAAAGGCAGCCCUAUUCUAAGGAAGAUAGGACCCGUGAGGGCAGAGUGGGUAAAUCGAUGGUUAAGUGAUUUGAAUCUGAAUCUGAAGGUGAAAGUCGGAUCGGCGUAA